CAAGCUCAACGCGUCGACCGUCUUUCUAAUCUUCUACUCUUUGACACUCGUCGCUCGAUCGACAAUCUUAACGUCAGAUCACGCGUAGCGACCAUAGCAAUGUCGCGGAAACGCGGUAGUUUAAUUGUUUUCGAAGGGCUUGAUCGUGCGGGCAAAUCCACACAAUGUGAGCGACUUGUGGAGUCACUGAAGGCUGAAGGCCGUGCGGUCAAGCACAUGCGCUUCCCUGACCGAACGACUCCGAUCGGCAGGAUGAUCAACGACUAUCUGAAAGGUGACGUUGAACAAGAAGAUCAUGUGAUACACCUCUUGUUCUCUGCAAAUCGAUGGGAGGCAGCCUCAUCAAUCCGUGCCGACAUAGAAGCGGGCAUAACGGUAGUCAUUGAUCGUUACUACUAUUCUGGCUGCGUUUACUCAGCCGCAAAAGACAAUCCCUCUCUAAGCAUUGCGUGGGCCCGUUAUCCAGAAGUGGGCCUUCCUCGGCCGGAUGCAGUCAUUUUCCUCGAGAUCAGUCCGGAUGAGGCUGCGAGGAGAGGCGGCUUUGGUGCGGAACGAUAUGAGAACAAGCGUCAUCAGGAUCGUGUCCGCGAAUACUUCAAGUCUAUGCGGGGCUUGCCCGACGAGAGCGAGGACUUCAAAGUGAUCGAUGCCGGCGGUUCUCCCGAUGAAGUCGCAGACUCGAUAUGGACCGUUGUGAAGAACACGCUGUAUGCAGUGGACAACAAUGGGCUGCCGCUAAGAACGGUGCAGUAGACUGCGGUCUCAUGAGCGUCAACUGCUUGGCGUAAAGAAGCUCAACCCUCAUUCUAAUACUUCUGCAUCACUCCAUCCAGUUUCUUCCGCAACGGACUUGCUCCGUUCUCUAGCUUGGCUCGAUCUACGUGAGUUGAUUACGACUUUGCUCCUGUCCGGCGUGUUUAUUCCCGUUGGUGAUGGCAUGUUGUCCUCCAACGCCUCCUUGACGACUAUUGAUUCAAAAUCUUCUAGGUCUGCAAUGCUUGCGUCUUCAUCUUCUUCGAUUUCUUCGAUAGUCUUGAACUCAUCAUCUGCUAUGGCCGUCUCUGUUGCAUUCUCAUUUCCGUUCCUUCUCACUCUUGGCUUUCUGAUAAGCUUUGCAAUCUCCUUCUCGCCCCGAGUACGGAGGGUCAACACUUUCAUCAAGGUGAUCCAUUUCGCCGGCCUUGAGCAAGAUGGACAGCAACCUGCAGUGGGGAGUAUGCCGCUUCCAUGAUCGUUACUUGUAGAUAGAAAAUGCGCAGACAGACAGUGCAGAUGUGACACGGCUUCACAUCCAUCAUGAGGACAUACUACAAGAAGCUCCUCUAGACUCCC